CAGAGAUGACAGCCUCCUUCCUGAGCUCCAUCACCUUCGAAUGGUACAGCAGCACAGUUUUAAAGGGCUACCGCAAGCCUUUGGAGAUAGAGGACGUCUGGGAGUUGAAAGAGAAAGACAAGAUCCAGGCCAUUCACAGUACUUUUGAGAAGAACAUGAAGACUGCCUUGAGGAAGGCCCAAGCAGAGCUGGAGAAACGGAAACACAAGAAAAGACGCCGAGAAGGUGACCCGAACCAUAGCAACAACAUGAGCAAGGCUCAGAGCCAAGACGUCUUGGUGAUGGAGAAGCAGACGAAGAGGAAAAAAAAGAAGGGGGACAAAGAGCACUCUGGGCCUCUCAAGGAUUACCCCAGGGGCUGGUUGGUGAAAACUCUGGGCAAGACCUUCUGGCAGAACCUCGUGCUGUCGGUGGCUUUCAAGCUGGUGCAUGAUGUACUUGUGUUCGUCAGUCCCCAGCUGCUGAAGUUGCUGAUUGCCUUUGUGUCGGAUAAAGAGUCCUUUGCCUGGCAGGGAUACUUGUAUGCCAUCUUGCUCUUCCUGACUAGUGUCAUCCAGUCCCUCUGCCUGCAGCAGCACUUCACCUUGUGCUUCCAUCUUGGCAUAAAUGUGCGUGCCAGUCUCAUUGCUGCCAUCUACAAGAAGGCCCUCACCAUGACUGGUGUCACGCGAAAGGAGUCCACAGUGGGAGAGACUGUGAAUCUGAUGUCGGCUGACGCUCAGAGGUUCAUGGAUGUGGCCAACUUCAUUCACCAGCUGUGGUCAGGCCCACUGCAGAUUAUCGUGUCCAUUGUGUUCCUCUGGGUAGAGCUGGGCCCCUCUGUCCUGGCUGGCAUCGCGGUCAUGGUGCUGCUCAUCCCCCUAAACGCGAUCCUGGUCACCAAGUCCAAAACCAUACAGGUGAGGAACAUGAAGAACAAAGAUGAACGCAUGAAAAUAAUGAAUGAAAUCCUCAGUGGAAUCAAGACCCUGAAGCUUUUUGCCUGGGAGCCCUCAUUUGAGGAGCGAGUGAACAAGAUCCGGGCACUGGAGCUCAAGGACUUGCUGAACUUCAGUUACCUGCAGUCAGUCUCGAUCUUUGGGUUCACCUGUGCCCCCUUCCUGGUCUCGUUGGCCAGCUUUGCUGUCUACGUGCUGGUGGAUGAGAACAACGUCCUGGAUGCACAAAAGGCCUUCACCUCCAUCUCUCUUUUCAACGUGCUGCGCUUCCCCAUGUCCAUGCUGCCCUUGGUCAUCUCUUCCCUGGUGCAGACCAGUGUGUCAACUGCGAGGCUGGAGCGCUACCUGUCUGCAGAAGACCUGGACACCUCAUCUAUCCACCACAAGCCCAUUGCAGGCAGUGCCGUGCGUUUCUCGGAGGCCACCUUCUCCUGGGAGCAGGACGGCGAAGCUGUGGUCAGAGACGUCACCCUGGACAUUGCACCCGGGAGCCUGGUGGCUGUGGUAGGGGCUGUGGGGUCAGGAAAAUCUUCGCUGGUGUGUGCCAUGCUGGGGGAGAUGGAGAAUAUCAAGGGACACAUCAACAUCCAGGGCUCUGUGGCCUACGUCCCCCAGCAGGCCUGGAUCCAGAAUGCCACGCUGAGAGACAAUAUCCUUUUUGGGUCAGAACUGGAUGAAGCCAGGUACCAGCAGGUCAUCAAGGCUUGUGCCCUCCUACCAGACCUGGAACUACUGCCUGCGGGUGACCAGACCGAGAUUGGAGAGAGGGGCAUUAACCUGAGUGGGGGCCAGAAGCAGCGAGUCAGCCUGGCCCGGGCAGUGUACAACAAUGCAGACAUCUACAUCCUGGACGACCCCCUCUCUGCCGUGGAUGCUCAUGUUGGCAAGUACCUCUUCGACCACGUGCUGGGGCCAAAAGGGCUGCUGCAAAAGAAGACACGGAUCUUGGUGACACACAGUAUCAGUUUCCUGCCCCAGGUCGAUAACAUCGUGGUGCUGGUGGCAGGAGCAGUGUCUGAGCACGGCUCCUAUAGCACCUUGCUUGAAAGCAGGGGGGCCUUUGCCCAAUUCCUGAACUUGUACGGCAGCCAGGAGGAGGAUGCUCCAGAGAAAAAGACCACAGUACACACUGGGGAUGAAGAGCAGGGUGAUGAUGGCAUUGACCCUUGCGUGGAAGAGAGACCUGAUGAUGUGGUGACCAUGACCCUGAAGCGAGAGGCCAGCAUCCAUCGGAAAGAGUUCAGUCGCAGCAGGGCCCAUCCAGCACAUGGUGAGUAAUGGUGCCCACCACCUCCCUGCAGCCUUAGUAAAACCAGCACCAGUUCCUGGAAGAAAGCCCAGGAGGAGCCUCCCAAGAUGGUGAAGGGCCAGAAACUGAUUGAGAAAGAAACUGUGGAAACUGGCAAGGUGAAGCUCUCUAUGUAUGUGCGGUACCUGCAAGCUGUGGGCACAUGGUGCUCUCUCUGGAUUGCCCUGGGCUAUGUUGCUCAGUACAUCGCCUACGUGGGGUCCAGCCUGUGGCUCAGCGCCUGGACGGACGACGCGCAGCUCUACCUGAACCAGACCUAUCCCGUGCAGCAGCGAGACCUGCGGAUCGGUGUCUUUGGGGCACUGGGGAUGGCACAGGCUCUGUUCCUGCUGUUUGCCACCAUCCUGUGUUCUCGUGGUGCCGUGCGAGCCUCACGGGUUAUGCAUCAGCAACUGCUCAGCAACAUCCUGCGUGUGCCCAUGAGCUUUUUUGACACGACCCCGACUGGCCGUAUUGUGAAUAGGUUUGCCAAGGACAUCUUCACAAUAGACGAGACCAUCCCCAUGUCCUUUCGCAGCUGGCUCUCCUGCUUCAUGGGCAUCAUUAGCACAUUGGUCAUAAUCUCCCUGGCCACUCCAUUCUUCACUCUUGUUAUCAUUCCCUUGGGCAUCUUCUACUAUUUUGUGCUGCGCUUCUAUAUCUCCACGUCACGCCAGCUCCGGCGUCUGGACUCCGUAACCAGGUCUCCCAUCUAUUCCCACUUUGGUGAGACGGUGUCAGGCCUUUCUGUGAUCCGGGCCUACAAACACCAAGGGCGGUUUCUGCAGCACAAUGAGAGCACCAUGGACAUCAAUCAGAAAAGUGUUUACUCCUGGAUAAUCUCAAACAGGUGGUUGGCCAUUCGACUGGAGUUCGUUGGGAGCCUGGUGGUCUUCUUCUCUGCACUUCUAGCAGUGAUUUCAAAGGACACUUUGGAGGGUGGCAUUGUGGGUCUCUCUGUCUCCUCUGCCCUCAAUGUGACGCAGACACUGAACUGGCUGGUGCGGACAUCUUCAGAGCUGGAGACAAACAUCGUGGCUGUGGAGAGAGUACAUGAGUACAUGAAGGUGAAGAACGAGGCUCCAUGGGUGACAGAAAAGCGCCCGCCCCAGGGCUGGCCCAGCAAAGGCGAGAUCAAGUUCAUUGACUAUAAAGUUCGCUAUCGACCUGAACUGGAGCUGGUUCUUCAUGGGAUCACCUGCAGUAUUGAGAGCACUGAGAAGGUUGGGGUUGUGGGCCGGACUGGAGCUGGAAAAUCCUCCCUCACCAACUGCCUCUUCCGGGUGCUGGAGGCUGCUGGAGGGACGAUCGUCAUUGACAAUGUGGAUAUUGCAACAAUUGGCCUCCAUGACCUGCGCCAGAAACUCACCAUCAUCCCCCAGGACCCCGUGCUCUUCACUGGAACCCUGCGGAUGAACCUGGACCCCUUUGACCAAUACCCAGAUGAGGAGAUCUGGAGGGUCCUCGAGCUGUCCCACCUGAAGACAUAUGUGCAAAACCUUCCCGAGAGGCUGUUGCAUCUCGUGAGCGAGGGCGGGGAGAACCUGAGCACUGGGCAGAGGCAGCUGGUGUGCCUGGCCCGCGCCUUGCUCCGCAAAGCCAAGAUCCUCAUCCUGGAUGAAGCAACAGCAGCCGUAGAUCUGGAAACGGAUCAUUUAAUCCAGUCGACAAUCCGGAGCGCGUUUGCCGACUGCACCGUCCUUACCAUCGCCCACCGCCUCCACACCAUCAUGGACAGCAACAGGGUGAUGGUGCUGCACGCCGGGAGGAUCGUGGAAUACGGCAGCCCUGAGGAGCUGCUCAGGAAGCAGGGCGCCUUCGCUGCCAUGGCAAAGGAUGCCGGCAUCAGCAGUACGGAGAGCACCGCGCUGUAGGUGGAGCGAAGCAGCUGUGGGUGCACAGGCACCAGCCUCUCCCACAACCCACCCUCUGGCUCUGCCGCGGACACAGCCGCUUCGCUGCUCUCAGAACAGAGGGUCUGGACUUGAAUGGACUGUUAACGUUGCUAGCACACCCUGCCUGCUGUGCAUAU